GGGGGGCUAGGAGAGUUUUCUUUCUUUUUUUAUUUUUUUUUUUGAGUCCCAUCAUUAUGGUAAGGCUGAGUUAGAGUCACGCGUGUGAGAGAGAGACGGAGAGAGAGAGAGAGAGGAGCAGAGAGGAUAGACAGAGAGAGGCGGCCGACGAUGACAGCGUUCGUCCUUCUCAGACACAGUUUUGUGACCGACUGACGGACAGCUCCAGCAUCCGAAGAGGAAACUUAAUAAUCACAGAAAGAUCCAAGACGGGAAGUUGUUGUCAGACUGAUUGAAGAGAUAAAGAGAAUGGAAUAAAGCCACCAGGGGAAAAUCUAUAGGCUAUGAGGGUGUUCAGGUCUCCAUGGGAAACUGAAUGAAAUGCUGCACAAGGGAGGAGCCGGGGAGAAAGGAAAACAGCUCAAGGAGGCUUUGUGAGAUACAGGGAGAUAUUGGACUCUAUUGACGAAAAAGAAGAAGGGAGUGAUUGACACCUGCCCUCCAGCUUGGUGUGAAGGGCAAAAGGAUGGAAGACUGAGAAGAGGGGAAUAAAGUGAAAAAAAAAAACACUGGAGAGAAUGAAGACAGUCAAAAAACAAGAGCUGCCUUAUUACAUACCUUGCUAGAAUUAGAACAUCUUAACAAGACAAGAUGAUUGCAAGAAAUCUUCUCCUGGUAGUUUUCCUAUUCCUUUGGGUGGCGCUUUUGGGAGGAACCUCAACUAGUAAGACUGUACACAGAAGAGGAUUGGCUGGAUUGCACUCGGUGAGGCGAGGGGAAAGCAAAUCUGCAGACCAAUGGGAUGAGAGCGACGGCUCAGAUGCAAUGCCCAUGGUGACUCUGAGAAACCUGAUUAGUCGCGAGCAGCUGAGUGACUCUGGAUUUCCUUACUCAAAAAUUGUGUUUAGCAACAAGGAGAGGCAAUCUAUCAAACCCAAGCGUGAGGUUGACUCUGUCACCAAAAAAGAGGCAACUGCAAGUCUGUUAUCCAACAGCAAGUCAUUAAACAUGGAUAUGAGGAGAGUUAAAAACAACACAAGAAGUGCAGAAACGUCCAGUACAGGAAGAUUAGAGAAAUCUUUUGCAGUCCAUCGAAAGAUGGAACUACGUUCCAAUAAAACCAGGGUCAAAUCUGGUUCUAGGUCUAGGAGCAGACCGGAUUUGAGUGCUCUCACCACAGGUAUGCCUGGGAAAGGUUUAAGUGCAGAUUCUAACCGAAGGUUGAACCUAACUGGUGGUUAUGGAGUGUUAAAGUUGCUAUCAAAAGAGAACUUAGUCAGGAUUGUCAAUUCCCAAAUGCAGAGAGUUCCUGCUCUCGGCUUUCAAAGCAAGGGCAGCCGUAGCAGGAAGAGAGAUUUGAUUGACGUUAAUCAUGGACAAUUAGAGGCUCAGAAGGUGCAGAGACAAGAUAUGGCUGCCACUCAGCCUCACGCUGGAUUCGAUAAUCAGACUGCAUUUCCAUAUGCAAGCACAGUUACCAGCCCAGAUCUUUACCCGCACCAGAAUGCUGCUACUCAUAUUAAUCUGCCAAGCGAGGCCAAGGCAGCUUUAAGUAGAGGGCAAGAGAGCCUGGGAAUACAGAGCUCAGAUGGCGGUGAUAACAAGAGCAAACACCUUGUUCAUUCCCUGUCAACAACUCAUGGCGAGGUCAGCCUCAGCUCUGAGAAAGAGGUGAUGAUCAGCCACACAGCACCACCAUUUACAUCGACAAAACAUCUUCCCAUGUAUGUUCUUUCAGAAACAAAUAAUUCCCCUCCGUCUGUGCUGACAAUGCAACCCCUGGGAGCAAGAGGGGGGAACAGAGCAGCAGAUUCCCGCAGAGACCCAUUAACAGAAUCAGCUCACACUGCUAAAACAGAUCCAGGCACAGCUAAGUUUCUCACAGAUGAAGACUACAAACUUGUCAACAACAGCCAUGUCCUGAGGCUCCAGCCCACUUCCAAACGGAGCCACAGUGCAAAAGAAACUGAAAUCCAAGCUGCUGACCCGCUAAAUGGGAAUGGCCUUGUGUUUGAAGAGGCAUCAGAGUCAGACACAGAAAGGGAGGCACAGGAGUCUUUAGAGGCAAAGCGGUCACGCUCUCGCAGCAGGAGGAGCUGGAUCUGGAACCAGUUCUUUGUGAUUGAAGAAUAUGCCGGACCAGAACCUGUGCUCAUCGGACGGCUCCACACUGACAUGGACAGGAAUGAUGGCCGUACCAAGUAUAUCCUCCGAGGUGAGGGGGCGGGCUCAGUGUUUGUGAUAGACGAGAAAACAGGCAACAUUCAUGUGACCAAGCCCCUGGACCGGGAAGAGAAGGAUGAGUAUCGCCUCAUCGCCACUGCCACCGACAGGCAGACUGAACGUCCCCUGGAGCCGUCAUCACAGUUCAUAAUUCGGGUGCAGGACAUCAAUGACAACCCUCCUGUCUUUGACGAAGGCCCCUACAGCGCCACUGUACCUGAGAUGGCAAACAUAGGCACGUCCAUAAUCCAGGUGACAGCGACAGAUGCUGAUGACCCAACAUAUGGGAACAGCGCCAAGCUUGUGUACACACUGGUGCAGGGCCAGCAGUACUUCUCCGUCGAUCCCCAGACAGGGAUUUUACGCACAGCAGUCCCUGACAUGGACAGGGAGACCCAGGACCAGUACUUAGUGGUCCUUCAGGCCAAAGACAUGGGAGGCCACCUGGGAGGAUUAUCUGGGACCACCACUGUCACUGUUAAGCUCACGGAUGUCAACGAUAACCCUCCUCGUUUCACCCAGAGCAUGUGGUCCUUCUCCGUGUCUGAACUGGCCAUCCCAGGCGCCGAGAUCGGACGCAUCUCCGCGACUGACGCUGACCUGGGCGAGAAUGCCAAGCUGGAGUAUACCAUCCUGGAAGGAGAGACGGGGGACACCUUCAACAUUACCGGUGUGAACCAGGAGGCGGUUAUCAUUCUCAACAAGCCUGUAGACUAUGAGAGUCGGAGUUCCUAUUCCUUGUCUGUGGAGGUCCUCAACCCCAUAGUGGACCCUCGCUUUCUACGCCGAGGCCCCUUCAAAGACAGAGCUUCAAUCAGAGUGGCAGUCCUCGACGCUGAUGAGCCUCCAAGGUUCUCCCGAUCCAGAUACCAUAUGGACGUGUCUGAGAACUGCCCACCAGCCUGCACUGUGGGCCGUGUCAGCGCCGUAGACCCAGAUACUGGUCUCACUAAUAAUAUCAGAUUCUCCAUCGACCCGCAGUCCGAUCCGGAGGGCAUGUUUCGCAUCAGCCCAGAAACCGGCCUCAUCACUACAGCCAUGGAGCUGGACCGGGAGCGGGAGCACUGGCACAACAUCACUGUCAUCGCCACUCAGCGAGACAAUCCCAGCCAGGUGUCCAGAGUUCUGGUUGCAGUGGAAACAUUAGACCUCAAUGACAAUGCACCUGAGUUGGACAGACAAUACACAACAGCUUUGUGUGACUCUUCCAAUGCUGGACAGGUGGUGCAGGUGUUGAGGGCGAUUGAUAAAGAUGAGGGAGGGAAUGACAGCACCGUGUAUUUCAGCAUCCCUCCAGAAUCCGGCGUUGCCCUCAACUUCAGCGUCAGAGAUAGUGGUGGACCCACAGCCAGCCUGGUGCUUCUGUCACAGCUCCAGCCUUUAUCCCGAUCCCCAUCCUCCACGUUAACACUUUACAUUCCCCUCAUCCUAAGGGACGGGACGUCGGGUCUCACUAGCACGGGCACGGUCACUGUGUCUGUCUGUCCCUGCCUGAGAGGUGGGGCCCGCGCUGAGGAAAAAGAAAAGGAUAAACAGACGGAGGGAGAGUGGGACUGGGAAAGAGAGGCAGUGUGUCUUCCACAGCAGUCCAUGUUGCCCUCCCCAGGGCUCAGCACUGCAGCACUUCUGGCUAUCCUUGCAUGUGUUGCUACUCUACUGGCAGUGAGCGCCCUCUCACUGUCGCUGCGGCGUCAAAAGAGGGACUCCCUGUCACCUUUGGAGGAGGAUGACGUGCGGGAGAACAUCAUAACGUAUGAUGAUGAGGGCGGAGGGGAGGCCGACACGGCCGCCUUUGAUAUUGCUGCUCUCCAGAGCGCUCCUCACAGCUCCCGCUCACGGGGCUAUCGCACCCUAGACAGCAGGAAUGUGCGUUAUACCCAGCAUGGUCCUGACAAGGCUCGCAACUACGGCUGGCCCCAGAACCCAGGUGUGGACCACAACUACACAGCACCAGGAGGCCCCCUUUAUGGUCGCCUGUGUUACAGCAGCCACACCCUCCCGGUUCUCCGCCGUACACCAGGUGGAACCUUUGAUCCAGGCCUGACUGAGUUGGCGUACCGUAUUCCCGGAGGCCAGCCAGACCACUCCCUGGUUAUCCAGAACCAAGGCGCAAUGGUGGGACCAAUGGAGUCGGGGGCAAUGUACAUAGCUCCUACAGACCUCAGCACAGGGAGCCGAACAGGCAGUCGCACUGGCAGCCGUGAUGGGACGGCGCCCCAAAGUGCAGUAAGCACGUCGGACGGAGGGACACCGAGGACUAGCAACAGUCAGGAGAGAGGAGGAGGGACGGGGCCUGGUAGCAGCUGUAUGGACGGAAGUAAUGAGGACAAAAAUAAUCAAAGUCAGGAUCUGGACUGGGUGCAGUCUGAGACUUUGCCUAGGGAACACAGCCUGGUUAUGACUCGAUCUGGCUCCCUGAUGGGCCAGGGUCCCACCGCGGGAGGAUGGGUUUGUGACUCAGCUACCCUCCCCUUGGCUGGACGUAGGGCCUCCAGGUCCGGCCUGUCCCCAAAACGCACCAGCUCUGGCCUGCCUGAGCACGACCUGAGCGGGGAAGGUGGAGGAAGCGAAGGAGGAGGGGAUGAGGGAAGAGGAAUCGGGAAUGGGCUGGCUUCCAGAGAUGGACAAUCAGUAAGUGGACGCAACUACGCCACUGUUCUCCACGGGGAGGUAUCUGGACAGAGGGACUACACCAGCAGCCUGGGAAGAGGAGGACUGGAAAUGGGAAGCAACUUUGUUGUGUCACGACCAGACAGGGAGAAUGGAGGAAUCCCAGUGACUGGAAACCCACCUGUCUUCCCAGAGGCAGCUGGAUUUAUUGGGGAAUGGCGUGAGCAAAUGGGUUUGGGAGGAUACGUUCUGGGAAGGAGGGACAUGAGCCCCCAGCUUUUACCCUUCCCAGGCCAGCCAAGGGGGACAUUUGGAGGAGUUGUGAAUUACGGGCCCGGCUGGGUCCCUGGAAUGGAAGCAACAAGAGGGUCACAGGGGCCCGGUGGUCCCUCCUUGGCACUGAGGGUGGGUGAGUUUCUACGGCUACGUCUAGCCCAGGUCACUUUUGACCCUUCUCAGCCGCCGUAUGACUCAGUGCAGGUGUAUGGCCUGGAGGGGACUGGAUCCAGAGCGGGGUCACUGAGCUCACUGGAAAGCGAUGGAGAAAAGGAGGAUUGGGGUGUGGGGCUUGAAAACUGGGGUCCUCAGUUCCAGAAACUAGCUCAGCUCUUUAAAAGCAAAGAAAAAACUAAAGAAGACCAGGAAAAAGUUGAACAAAUUGCCAAAAAGGAGAGAGAGCAGAAGGAAGAGUCUGAAAAUAAAGAGAAAAAGGAGAAUGGGGAGGUCGGACAAGAGGGAAAAGAUUGAGGGGAGCAAAUAGGGUAAUCAGUGGGGGCAAAAAAGGCGAUGAGGAAGGGAAGGACUGGGAAGGUGAUGAAAAGGCAACUAGAGGUAGAAUAAUGUGAGGAGAAGUUAAAGGAGAGAAAGAUGAAGAGGGAAAGUAAUAAAAAGAGACAGAGAAAAAUGAGCCACGGGAGGAUGGAGAAUUUGAGGGCAGGAAAGGGAGUGAUUGAUGUAAUUCAAAGCAAUAAGUGUUGAAGCGCUGAUAUGGUUGAGCACAGAUACUGAGACAAUGUGGAUGCUGCAUCGGCUUGGGGCAGCAACAAUUUGUUAAACACUCUGGACAAAGAAAAACAACCCAAACAUCCCAGACUCAAUUUAAUUCAGCCCGCACGUAUGGAAUGAGAAUUAGCAGGAAAACAAGGAGAACGAGGGAUGCUUCUUGUUGUGUGUGUUUCUGGGUGUGUGCGUGCAUUGUCAUGUAGGUCUGAGAGAGAAAAAGUAUGGCUGUGUAAGAACAAGUGCAUUAUUUAGAAUACCGGUCUGCUUGAUCGCAAGUGUGAGGAAAUAAACUAAUUUGUAAAAAAAAAAAAGAAAGAUGUGGAUUAAAAAUCAAAAUACCCAGGGACAAUUUAAAGAUGAGACAAAGUGCUACCCAGGCGCCGGGCUCGGAGUGAUGUGCAGUGGGAGAUAGAAAAUGAAAAAAACAAAGUGGCUGGAAGGAUCCAGGAUUUAGGAGGAGUGGAAUGGCAGGAAUGUAUAGUGUCAGAAAGGAUCUUUUAAGUGAAGUGAUUGUACAGAAAACUAUUACUUUUUAUUCCAUCUGCUGGGACAGAAAAGUGAAUAAUUCAGCUUGAUACUCCAUUCCAAAUGAAAAUGAUUAAUCAUUUAAAUCCCACAAAGAUUCCAACCCCUCCUUUCAGCUCACGAGGAAAACAGACAUUGUGAAAAAUUUAAAUGAUCUCGGGCUGUUAUUCCACACCCACCCAACACCCCCAUCCAUUUCACGCUCCCAACCUUUUGUAGUCGAGUGUUGAUAUGUUUACAGAGAUUUUACACCCAACACCUCCAAACAAAAAUGACUGAAUAGGGAAAAACAUUGAUUGUACAAAAGCCAGCCCGUCUACAGUACCUCAAAAAGGAUUCAGUCCCCUUCUAACUUUUACGUUUUGUCACAUUGCAACUUCAAACCUGUGUCUUAAUAAUGUUUUAAUAGAUACACCAAUUUAGAGUGUUUCAUACUUAGAAAGUAGAGGGAGAAUAGAACAUUGUUAAAAAAAGAAAACACUUUUUUUGUUUUUUUACUCAGGAAAAUCUGAAAAGAAUGGUGUGCAUUGUUAUUAAGCCCCACUUUUAGAUCCUUCUUCAUCAGCAGUUAAAGAUGUAAUUUUUUUUCUGACUGAAGUUUGAUUAGUUCUUUAAAGAAUAUCUUAGUCAUUUUGGUCAGAGAGCUUUUUGAACAGUUAUAUCAAUUCAGUUGAACUUCUAGCAAAGUAUUUAAGAUGUUUUUGUUUUUUUUCAGUAUGCCUCUGUAUUAUGCCUCAUACGUCUGCAGCUCUAACUAGUUUACACUUCGCUACUGAAAGGAGCAUCCCCAAAUUGUCAAUGGUAUUGCUAGUUUUCAUCUUUCCGUAAAAGUUAAAAAAAAUAUCCAAAGGACUUGGUUUCCAAGAUUUGAAGAUGUUUCGCCACCUCUCCAGGAAGCUUUCUCAAUUCAAAUGUCUGGAUCCGCGGUGAGUUUGAGUCUUAUAUAGACAAGGCCUUGUAUUGCUUGGAAACAUGCGAAUGAUAACCGAUGAGUGGGUCGUUUGGUUCCAUUGUUAGCCUGUAUUAUCUGAAACCUGUCUAUGAUUCUAAAGGUCAGUCAUUAA